GCAACGUGAGCGUGGCCACGCUGGUGGGAGGGCAGGAAUUCGAGAGUGCUACAGUGGAAGUUCUGGAAGCCACAACUUGGGUGCCUGCCACAUUGGCCGCCACCCUGCUGGUGCAACACGUGCCGCAGUACCUGAACCCCGUGGCCAUGGAAGGGCAGCUCAUGUCGCUCAUCCUGCGGCUCGAGAGGCAGUAUAACAUGACCGGAGGUGAAGUGCUUCUGCUGACGCCAAGCCCGCUGACGCUCUGGCAGAUGCAGCCGCAUGAAGGUUGCGUGGCGCGGACGGCAGGCGGUGUGGGGCCUUCGCUUCCCUUGAGCUGCAACACGGUGGCCCUGGGCUUGGAGGUGGAGCUGGUCACGGACGAGCCGGUGGAGCUGCAGCUGAGGUUCCCACGCGGUGGUUCCACAGGCGUCCACCGCUGGCGCGGCCUGCUGCGCGCCAACCGCUCGGAGCCCUCCGCGCUGGGCGAGUCCAGCCUGCUGCUGUCAGCGCCGGUGGCGCUGGGCCCAUGGCCACGGGCGGCGGUGAGGUCCGGCGCCACGGCGGUGGCGGCGCCGGGGCGGCUGUGGCUGGACCUGGACGUGGGAGUCGACCUGUGCUUGGUGGAUCCGACCGCGUGGGUGCCGGCAGAGGUGCGGGUGGUUCCUCCCGUCGCCUCCGACCUGCGAGUCCUGGACCCCGCCGUCGAGGGCCCCGGCUUGUCCAAUGCCCCACCAGUGGAUUGCCUUUGGCAGGCGACCCGAGGGUCUUGCCUCAUGACUCUGAGCUGGGCCCAGUGGAAGCGCGGGCUCCACUGCCUCUUCCGUGGGGUGGUCUACACCUUGCACUGGGAGAUCCUGGUGCAAGCGGUGAUCACCAAGAGCUCCGGCUGGGAACUCCAGGUGACCUACCCAGUUCCGCUGGACGGGUCCCUGAACGGCAGCACCUGGUCGAGCUCUCCGCCGGCGCUGCCCACCUCCUUCGGGUCUUUGCCCUUCUUCACUUGCCAAGCCCUGCGGCCGGUGCCGGGUGGCGAACGAUGGAGGGAGACCUUGCUGCUUCUUCGAUUCCAGACGGGCCAGAGUUGAUGUGGAGAAACCUUCCAAGAUGAGGGCAGAGUUUGGACAUGCCCGACCAACUGCCGGGGCGAGGGUCUGGUCUGGGGGAGAUGAGAUGGGAGGGCUGGUCCAGGAAAUCAAGGUAAAGAAGCCUUCAACCGCACGAAAGCAGGAGAUUCUCACACAUUCAUUCCCCAAACCUGGCCUUGCAAAUGAGGAAAUGGUCGACAGGCGCGCACUGAAAGCCAAGGGAGAAAAGCAGCACCAGGGGACUAUCUCGCACCAAUGAGAUGGUCUCCUCAAAAAGGGGACCCUCGCUGUUGAGAGGAACUCGGACCCACACCAGAGCCAUGGCAUCUCACGUUCCG